CGCCGCGCCGACACCAUGAAGUUGCUGCCGGCUUUGCUGCUGCUGCUGCUCCGGCCGGGCCACGGGGGCGCCCAGCCCUGCCCGCCGCUCUGCUCCUGCUCCGGCCCCAGCGUCGACUGCCACGGGCUGGCCCUGCGCACCGUCCCCAGGAACCUGCCCCGCCACGCCGAGAGGCUGGAUCUUAAUGGAAAUAAUAUCACAAGGAUCACAAAAACGGAUUUUGCUGGUCUAAGACAUCUUCGUGUUCUUCAACUCAUGGAAAACAAGAUUACUACAAUUGAGAGAGGAGCAUUUCAAGACUUAAAAGAGUUGGAGAGACUGAGGCUAAAUAGAAAUAAUCUUCAACUUCUGUCUGAGUUGCUGUUUCUUGGGACCCCAAAACUCUACAGACUGGACCUCAGUGAAAACCAGAUACAUGCCAUCCCAAGGAAGGCUUUCCGUGGAGCUGUUGACAUUAAAAAUCUGCAACUGGAUUUCAACCAGAUCAGCUGUAUUGAAGAUGGGGCAUUCAGAGCGCUGCGGGAUCUGGAAGUACUCACUCUCAAUAACAACAACAUCACACGACUCUCGGUGGCAAGUUUCAACCAUAUGCCGAAACUCAGAACCUUCCGCCUUCACUCCAACAACCUGCAGUGUGAUUGCCACUUGGCUUGGUUAUCAGACUGGCUACGUCAACGACCCCGAGUCGGCCUUUACACUCAGUGUAUGUCCCCGUUACACUUACGCGGACAUAACAUAGCGGAGGUUCAGAAACGAGAAUUCAUCUGCAGCGGUCACCAGUCUUUUAUGGCUCCCUCCUGUAGUGUGUUGCACUGCCCCGCUACGUGUACCUGUAGUAACAACAUUGUGGAUUGCCGAGGGAAAGGCCUUACUGAAAUCCCCACCAAUCUUCCGGAAGCCAUUACAGAAAUACGACUGGAGCAAAAUUCAAUCAAGGUCAUUCCACCUGCAGCUUUCUCACCCUAUAAAAAGCUCAGACGAAUUGAUCUGAGCAAUAAUCAAAUCUCAGAGGUAGCCCCAGACGCCUUCCAGAGUCUCCGCUCCCUUAAUUCCCUGGUUCUCUAUGGAAACAAAAUUACCGAACUUCCCAAGGGCCUUUUUGAAGGACUUUUCGCUCUUCAAUUGCUAUUAUUAAAUGCUAACAAGAUCAACUGCCUGCGGGUGGAUGCUUUCCAAGACUUACAUAAUUUGAACCUUCUCUCUUUGUAUGACAACAAGCUUCAGACUAUUGCCAAGGGCACUUUCUCCCCUCUACGAGCAAUUCAGACGCUGCAUUUGGCUCAGAACCCGUUUAUUUGUGACUGUCAUCUGAAGUGGCUGGCAGAUUAUCUCCACGUAAACCCCAUUGAGACCAGCGGUGCUCGCUGCACCAGCCCCCGCCGUCUGGCCAACAAAAGGAUUGGGCAGAUCAAAAGCAAGAAAUUUCGUUGUUCAGCUAAAGAACAGUAUUUCAUUCCAGGCACGGAAGAUUACAGAUCCAAACUGAGUGGCGAUUGCUUUGCGGACUUAGCUUGCCCUGAAAAAUGUCGUUGCGAAGGCACCACGGUGGAUUGUUCCAAUCAGAAGCUCAACAAAAUCCCCGAGCAUAUUCCGCAGUACACGGCAGAACUGAGACUCAAUAACAAUGAAUUUACAGUGCUGGAAGCCACGGGGAUCUUUAAGAAGCUUCCCCAGCUGCGUAAAAUAAAUCUAAGCAAUAACAAGAUCACUGAUAUUGAAGAAGGCGUAUUUGAAGGAGCUGCCGGAGUCAAUGAACUUUUGCUAACCAGUAACAGGCUGGAAAACGUACGACACAAAAUGUUGAAAGGGCUGGAAAGUCUGAAGACUUUAAUGCUCAGGAGCAACCGAAUUAGCUGUGUGAGCAAUGACAGCUUCACAGGUCUGAGUUCUGUCCGGCUGCUCUCCUUGUACGACAACCAGAUAACCACCGUAGCUCCCGGUGCCUUCGACACCCUUCAUUCUCUCUCCACGCUGAACCUCUUAGCCAAUCCCUUCAAUUGCAACUGCCACCUGGCCUGGCUGGGCGAGUGGCUGCAGAAGAAACGCAUCGUGACGGGCAAUCCUCGCUGCCAGAAGCCUUACUUCCUCAAGGAGAUCCCCAUACAGGAUGUUGCCAUUCAGGAUUUCACCUGUGAAGAUGGGAAUGAUGACAACAGUUGCUCUCCCUUGUCCCGCUGUCCUGCCGAAUGCACCUGUCUGGAUACCGUAGUCCGUUGCAGUAACAAGGGCCUGAAGGCUCUGCCUAAAGGCAUCCCAAAAGAAGUGACCGAACUUUAUUUAGAUGGAAACCAGUUCACCCUUGUUCCCAAAGAAUUAUCAAACUACAAGCACUUAACUCUGAUAGAUUUAAGCAACAACAGAAUCAGUACUCUCUCAAACCAGAGUUUCAGCAACAUGACCCAGCUUCUUACUUUAAUUCUCAGUUACAAUCGGCUCAGAUGUAUUCCAACACGGACUUUCGAUGGCUUGAAAUCACUUAGGCUGCUGUCUUUACAUGGGAAUGACAUCUCUGUUCUUCCUGAAGGUGCUUUCAACGAUCUUUCCGCAUUAUCUCAUCUAGCGAUUGGCGCGAACCCCCUCCACUGUGACUGUCACAUGCAGUGGCUCUCGGACUGGGUGAAGUCGGAAUACAAGGAGCCGGGCAUCGCCCGAUGUGUCGGUCCCGGAGAAAUGGCCGACAAACUCCUCCUCACCACUCCCUCCAAAAAAUUCACCUGUCAAGGUCCGGUGGAUGUCACCAUUCUUGCCAAAUGUAGCCCCUGCUUAUCCAACCCUUGCAAAAACGAUGGAACUUGUAACAACGAUCCGGUUGAUUUCUACAGUUGUUCCUGUCCUUACGGCUUCAAGGGUCGAGACUGUGAGGUACCCAUCCAUGCCUGUAUCAGCAGCCCAUGUAAAGAAGGGGGAACUUGUCACUUAAAAGAAGAUGAAAAGAAUGGAUUUUGGUGUGCCUGUGCCGAUGGAUUUGAAGGUGAAAACUGUGAAGUGAACAUUGACGAUUGUGAAGAUAACGAUUGUGAAAACAAUGCCACUUGUAUAGAUGGAAUCAACAACUACACUUGCCUUUGUCCUCCAGAAUACACAGCUGCUAACCUGAACGAGGUGGAGAAAGGGGAGCUGUGUGAGGAGAAGCUAGACUUCUGUGCUCAGGACCUGAAUCCUUGCCAGCACGAUUCCAAGUGCAUUCUGACCCCCAAAGGAUACAAGUGCAGUUGCACACCUGGAUAUGUUGGGGAACAUUGUGAUAUCGACUACGAUGACUGCCUAGACAACAAAUGUCAAAAUGGAGCUCAGUGCACGGAUGCCGUGAAUGGUUAUACGUGCAUAUGCCCUGAAGGGUACAGCGGACUUUUCUGUGAGUUUUCGCCACCGAUGGUCUUGCCUCGCACAAGCCCGUGUGACCACUAUGAAUGUCAGAAUGGGGCCCAGUGCAUUAUGAAGGCCAAUGAGCCAAACUGCCAAUGCCUGUCCGGUUACCAGGGGGAGAAAUGCGAAAAGCUAGUCAGCAUCAACUUCAUCCACAAAGAAACGUACCUGCAAAUCCCCUCAACCAAGAUCCAUUCCCACACCAAUAUCACCCUCCAGAUUUCCACAGAUGAAGACAGUGGGAUUCUGCUGUAUAAAGGAGAUGAAGAUCAUAUAGCCAUGGAGCUUUACCGGGGACGUGUACGAGUCAGUUACGACGCAGGAUCCUAUCCAGUAUCUGCCAUAUACAGUGUCGAGACCAUCAAUGAUGGGAAAUUCCACAUGGUGGAAUUAUUAGUAAUGGACCAGAUUCUGUCGUUAUCUAUUGAUGGAGGAAACCCCAAAACCAUCACCAACCUGUCUAAACAAUCCACUUUGAAUUUUGACUCUCCGUUUUAUGUUGGAGGUAUGCCGGUGAAGGAAAACGUGGCUGCGUUGCAACAGCUUCCAGGCCAGAAUGCCACCAGUUUCCACGGCUGCCUCCGAAAUCUCUUCAUCAACAGCGAGCUGCAAGAUUUCAGGAAUGUCCCUUUGCAAGUUGGGAUCCUCCCAGGCUGCGAACCUUGCCUGAAGAAGGUGUGCGUCCAUGGCACCUGCCACGUGACGGGCCAGUCCGGCUUUACCUGCGAGUGCGAUGAGGGAUGGAGCGGCUCGCUCUGCGACCAGGAACCCAACAGCCCUUGCCUGGGGAACAAGGAUACGGAGGCGUCCUCUGCGAUGAAGACGGGGAGCUGCUUAGCCCCUGCCAGCCCCUCCGAUGCAAACAUGGUCAAUGCAGGCUUUCAGGCCUUGGAAAACCAUAUUGCGAGUGCCACAGCGGAUAUACCGGGGACGGCUGCAAUAAAGCCAAAACCAAUGAUUCUGCUGCUAGUUUUAUUCCAAAUUCUACUUUUGACCUCUCAUCUUCAACUGAUUUAUCACAUCGAAUCAUACAGAAAUCGCUUGCCGAGAGGAACGGAUCCGCGAUUAUUUCCAAAAGCAGCAAGGUUACGCCGCGUGCCAAACGACCGAGAAGGUUUUGAGACUCGAGUGUCAAGGGGGCUGUGUGAACGGGCAGUGUUGCAGGCCACUAAGAAGCAAAAAGAGGAAAUACCUUUUUGAAUGCACCGACGGCUCCUCCUUCGUAGGCGAGGUUGAAAAAGUGGUCAGAUGCGGCUGCACUCAGUGCCUCUCUUAAGAGACGUACUUUUCCCACGCUCAUUUAUUUCUGAAAAAUCCUGUAUCAGCCGCUUCUCGGACUCUAAAGUAAGGCUUCGUAGUGGAUAUAUAUUGUAAAAUACAGAACAGGCUUAUUUUUAUUACGAGAAUAAAGAACUGUUUCUUUAACUACAAAAAAAAAAAAGUCAAAAAACGAGUGCUCAAAGAGACUUCUUGAAACUCCAAGGACUUGGAAGAAAGAAAUAUGUAUAUGUAAAAAAAAAAAAGACCGGAUUUCAACCAGGAUAGGAAAGAUUCACUUCUUUUAACACCCAACGUUCUUCAACCCAUUCUGAAGAUAAAGAAGCCCCUUUGCUCAAUUAUCUUUCCGUCUGAUCCUUGUUAUCGGUGGGAGAGAAUAUAAAGUUUUUCUUAUUAUGUACUUUUAACUAUAGCUGGGGCGGGGGAACAUAAGUUUCACUUUGGUUUGGUUUUAUUUCCUUCUCGGGACCCAGAGGAAAGCUCUCAGGCGGAGGAAGAGGUCCAUUUUUACAAGAUGAAAAGAGGGGGAAAAAAGCGAUGCAUUUUGUACAGUGUAAAAAAAAAAAAGUUGAGAAAACGAGAGCUUUUGUUAAUUCACAAUUAUCCUCAGAUCUUCUAACACAUUUUAGCAUGUUACAAAGGAAGGAAGGAAGCAUUUACCCCACCCUCUUACAGUAUUAAUUUUUUUUGUAAUAUAAAUGAUAAGAUUGAUAAAAUAGAUUAUUGUUGAGAAAAUUAGAUAUAAUGCGGAGUUUUGUUUCUAUGAAUCCUGAACAGCUCUAUACAGUAUUCUGUUUAUUGAGAAAUAUUUAUUGUAUCAAAGUACACUGUACUUAACAUCUAGGCCAAUCUUUUUACUUUUCCCCCCAAUGCUUUAAUAUAUAUUAAUUUAUAUUUGUCCUGAUAUUUUUGUAUUUUCAGUUGUUUUUUUAAAGAGAGAGAGAGAGGAAAACUUAAAAUCAGGAUAUUUGCAAUAGGACUAAUAUAGCAGGUUCUCCCGGGAUAAAUAGAUUUGAUCUGGGUUAAUAUUUUUUACUGCAGCACCUGCCAGCUGCCUCCAUCAUAGGACCAGAAGCUGCAAACAAUCUGAUUAUUAUGUUCAUUAUAACAAGGAAAGAUGACAACUCUCAAGUCUUUGUAAUAUAUGAGGAAAUUGUCUUUACAAAUAGGUGGCAAAUGUUAUAGGUGUGAUCCUCCCCCUACCCUCCCAAGUAUACACUACUUUUCAGAAAAUGAAAUUAUGUGUUGAAAAUGACACUAGAAGAUAGAUAUUUUCAAACUAAUGUUCCCUUGGAGUUUGGUACCUUUAAAAUGAAUAAAAGAGGCUGUAUUACCAUUUCCCCCAUUAUUAAAACUACUUUAAGCGCCCAAAUAUUUUCCUUUGUUAACAUGUUGCUGCUAAGUAUAAUAUAGAAUUGGUUAAUAAUUCUUUAUAGUGGGUUGUUCUUUUUUUUUUUUUUAGUAAAUCAUGGGGUACCCUGUAAAAAAGUGGGGGUUUUAAUUUCUUUUAUACAAGGAAAAGAUAGUUGUACAUGUGUAAUAUGGUGUUGCUUUGUCUAAUUUGGACCGGUAUCAGUAUCUUUACUGAUGUUUGUAAAUUAAACAGAUCUUUACCUCA